AUGCCAUCGUUCAUUCAUGUGUUCGUGCAUUACCAUAAACUAGAUUUUAGCUUUAAUAAAAUUGCUUUUUUUCCUCUCGAAUCUUUAGAAAAGUACUUUUAUGGAGUAUAUUUAAUACUCAUAGCUGAUAAUUUACGAUUUCCCGUUGUACACGAUAUCUCCGAUACUCAUACUGUCUGA